CAAUGCAGAAAAUAUUUAUAUCAAUAUUCGGGUAUCCGUAUCGAAAGGGUGUCACGUCGGUAUCUUUGUGCCGUCUGGUUUCCUAUCAAAUGCUGCCCUCUGUUAUACAUCGCAACGCAAAACAAGUCUCCAGUUCGCAGGCGCGUCUUCCGGCCUAUGUACUGGUUCACCAUCUCCUAUAUGCCAGCCGGGACGCAUUCCUUCCUCGUGUCUCACUGGAACCGCCAGUUCCACCUCUCUCUUUCUCUCUUUCUCCCUCAUCCCACCGCGCCCUUCUCGCCACCGACCUUCGUCCUUAUAUACCAGUUCUACAGUACUUGCGUGGUAGCGGCCGUUUUCACAGCGACCCCACUACCAGACCCCACGACCAGUUACUUGUAGUCCGUCUGGUACCUGAUGCGGCAACAGUUGUUACCCGCUGCACUCACUGUCUGCCUACUUUGCUCUUAUUCAAUCAAUGAUUGUUUUCCUCCUCGAGUUCCCCUGCUCGUUCUCUUCGCGAGCGAUCAUUUUGUUCUCUCGCGCGGCUCUUAUCUGUAUGCAUCCGUGAACGUCCGAUAAGAGCGACAGUGUCAGGGUCAGUGUGAGUGGGGCAACGCGGCGGCGUGUAAGAGCGAGCGUCGUGAGAGUUUGGUGCGGUGCAACACGGGUGAAGGGAUUCAUCCUCGUCUCUCUCCCCCGACGACCGUCAUCAGUCACCGUCGACGAAACAUGUCUCUCAUCGCCGACUGCUUUCGCCGUCUGACGGACAUCUCGUCUUGCAAAAGCGAGCUCAAAGGCUACAAAGUGACGGAUGUGACUCGCACGCGGAAAAUCGGUAUUGCUUGCCGGAAUUUGCAGGAUUUGAAACAGAAAGCGUGUUUAAAAUUAAAUGUAACUAACGACCCGGGGGAAAUAAAUGUCUUCCUUCUAGACGGAUCAUUGAUCGACGAAGAGUAUUUUCACACAUUGGCGCCACAGACUACUUUGAUUUUGCAGAAGCCAGGGGAAAAGGUGUUAUCCGACGCGGACAUUCUCUACGAUGCACUGAGACGCGUGAACAUUGAUUUCCUCACCGCCGGCGGCAGAGUGACGCAAUUCCUAACGGAAAAUCUUAAGGCAAAGGUCGCCUUGUUGAACAAAGUGUUGAACAAGGAUGAAUCCAAGACAGCGCUUAGCACGAAGGAGCAGCAUCCGGAAUGGUUUGAAAAUUUGGAAACCAAUUGCAUGACGAAGGAAGCAUACAUGCACCGCAGAUGCCAGGAUAGAAUACGUGCUUAUCUUUACAAGACGAUCGAGCAGAUCAAGUGCUCGGACGCGUUCAUGAACGAUUCUAAGGCGAGGCAGCAGCUGCUGAGUACAAUAGCGUUCUUCAAACUUCAGCUCAAGGAGGAUCACUAUUUCGGAUAUUAUUUUGACAGGAGUAGAGCGGAGACUGACUCGAAAAGCGACAGUGACGAGACCGAUUGCGGCCGAUGUUACGAUCAUUGUCCCUGCAAUUUUGCUCGUAUUAACGAUGAAACAUAUCUCGAUCAACGGUAUCUCCGUCUGUCACAAUCGUUAGAUACAAAUACGACCGCCGAUUCGGAUGAGAUCGACGAAACGGACGCGAGGAAGUUCCUCGCGUCGGAGAAGAAAAGCGCGAAAGUGGCAAGCGACGAAAAAUCGGAGAGCUGUCCCUACCGCGUGAAGCCGCGGGAAAGGCAAAUCGCCAUUUGCGACAAGAAGGGCGAGUUUAGAUGCGAGGGUCGAUGGAACACCGACGGUUGUCCCUACGGCGACAAACACAAGAUCAAUCCAUACAGAUCCAAGGAGGAGCUUGCCUUAUUCUCAACAUGGAAUUUGGAUCACACAAUCGAGAGGUCCAGGACGCUUAUUCCGAAGCUGCUGCAGCUCUCGCGGCAAGAUACGAUCAAUGAACAGGACAUCUACGACUGUUACGACAAUCUGUUUACGGUGAAAAAUUUAAGACUGGUUCAUAUCGUAUGCCACGAUAAAGGUUCGCACAAAUAAGCACUAAUUCGGGGGAUUAUAGGCUUGGCACAUAUAUUCUAAAAGUGCUGAUCGUAAUAUACGUGAAUGCCAAAGAGUAAUCGUACACAUGAAAGGGACGAUGCAUCCAGAUAUGUAGUAAUACAUGUAGAAUGCCCGCGAUCCCUUCAGAUGCAGAUCUCUACAAAUAAAUGUAUUUAUUACGUUUAAGCGCUGUCGAUAGAAUAUAGAUUUAGCGAUUAUUAAUGUUAUAUCGGGUGUACUUCCAUUGCGGUAUGAAAUAAUAAGCAAUAACAUUAAUAAUAAAAUGUCCAUUCCAAAGUUCGAAACAUCCGAAUUUGCAUCACUUCUGUUUGUGGAGGAUAGACAAUUCAAUUUCAUACAAUAUUGAUACACGUUAAUUACAUACGAGUUUCACUCUGAAUGAUUAUUCUGAAUAAUUAAUAUUCUAUUAUACAAGACGUUAAGUAGAACAGGGUUGAAUAAUGCCAAAAAUUAUCGAAAAUACGUUGAAACUGUGCUCACUCUUAGGUAUUAUUUGACGAACGUCAAUAUAUUGGUGAAAGAUCUGAAAAUAUACGUACAAUUAAGAAAGAAAUUCCAUAUUUAUUGUAUAAAUAAGAAUAAUCGAAGAUGUACAGAAGAUCUCGCGAUAUCUUAAUUAUACACUUGUUACGGAAUAACUAUUCCUAAGAUAAAUUUCCUUCGUCAUUCUGUUUCUGUCGACACAGUUGAGUAACGAUUUUUCGGUUCAAACAAGCUAUUUGUAUAAAUCAAUUACGAAUACAGGGUUGCAUAAGUCGCACGCAAUGGAAGAACCGUAAUUUACUCCAGCGGCUAUAAAGGGUUGCCUAAGAGAAAAGCUGUUGUUUCAGAGAUGUCGUUAAGCAUUGAGUAUGUUCAGUGCUCGUAGGUAAAAUCUAUUAACGAGUGACAGCUCUCCGUUAGCAUCGUGUCAGAUCAGAACGGAGUCUGAGCGACAGGUCUCCGUUAGACUCGAGUCAGAUUAGUUUAAUUUGUGAUCUGAAUCGACUCCGCUGAAGAACCGAUGCUCGUCUUGCGCUCCAUAAACUGUGAAGUAGAUUAUCUUUCAGACAUAUUUUUAUUCUGACUGCUCGUUAAGAGACAAAACAAAGUUCUGAUAUAUACAUAUACAUAUAUACAUAUAUAUAUAUUUAGAGAAAGAUACAUAUAUAUAUGAUAUAUUUAUUUAUAUAUAGCUCUAGGGCUUUCCACAAUUUCCGCGAUUCCAUUCAUAUUUAUAUCAAUUUUUUAUUUCAAGUAAAUUGUUUCUUGACAAAAAGGUGGAAGAUUAUUUCUUAACGUUUUUCUAUCAAUAUUUUUAUAACUAAAAAUCAAAAUUUUAUUAUAGAAGAAGAGAGAAUGAAGUUCGAUAUAAAAUUAAACGAGGAAUAAAAUCUUGUUAUCUAUGUGCGCCUCAUUGAAACUCAUGAAAAUGCCUACAUUUUCGCAUGCUUGUAACUACAAAAUUAUAUUGAUAUCAGUGUUAAAAUAAUUAAAGAUUAAUAAAAUCAAAGAGAAACCAAUUUAAGUAAAAGGAAGUGCGGAAAUUCUGAGAGAGGCAUAUACAUCUUUUUAUAUGUAUUAUAUUGAAGUGAUGUGUUUUAGAAAUUUUCACCAUUUAAAAUGGUAUAUUUCCAACAUUUAAGAGGAAAUUGCACAAAAAUAUUUAACGUUACUAAUUUUUCUUUCUCUGAGUCACUUUUUUGUGUUGUAAAUCACAUGGAUUUAAUUAGAAACAUAUAACUGCAAGUCUCGAAAAUAAAAGACCCGUGUCAUCAAUAUGAGUGAUAGACUGAUGUACGCAAGAAUGUAAUUUUAUAUUUUACAUAAUAUUUUUAUAUCGUUCCUAUUUAUUAUUAUUCGAGAGUAUUUGUUUUGAUUAAAUUUAUUCGUGCUGCACAUCGCUGAGCUGUAUCAAAUCCUGACAUGUUAUCACAUCAAAAGAUAUCGUUCCUAAUUUAAUCGAAGGAUUUGACUGCUUCACAUACAAGUUUGUAUAUUGUACGCAUUGUUGUACACCGUAUAUUGUCGUCUACAGGGUGCAGAAUUGCAGAAGCAAUUGUUAUGGCUUUGACCAAUGUACGUCUUGCUCUUCUGAGUAGACUUCUGCCAUUCAUAUCGCUUCCGACGUUUAAAAAGUAUUAUAUAUUUCGGUGGACGCAUCAGCAAAUAAAUUAAAUUAAGGUGACUUAUUUAUAUAUCUCAAAAAAUAACGAAAGUAAUGUGAAAGAGAUGUAAAAUCAACAAAACACAGAUAAAUAAUUGAUAUAAGUUAUACAGUAACUAAAAAAAUUUAUCGUGUAUUACGUUUCACAAAAAUAAAAUAAAAUAAAUAAUAAAACACAACUUAAUUUAUAUGGAUUUUUACUAGAAUAUUUUUAAAUUA